UUUUAUUAUUAAAAAAUGAACCCUAGCAAUCCCUCUUAUCAAGCUCGUGACAUGCAAGAACAAAUCGAAUCUUUGAAAGAAAUGGUUGAUUCCUUGAAAACAACAAUCAACACUCUCACUGAAACCAUCAGCAAGAUUCCCCAAGUAGUGACCAUGACCGUAUCUGUUGCUCUCUCAAAUGGCAACCGUGAAGCCAUGUCAACCAAAAGGGCUACAAUUACUGGAUCGAACAUUGUUCAUGAGCAAGAAAACGACGAACGCAGGUUCAGGGAGUGCAUUGCAAGAGCCAUCCGAUACUAUGAUGCGCAAGAUCGGGCUCAUGGUAUCCAUGGUAAUUGGAACUCCCUAGGUGAAAGAACGAUACCUGUCGUUAAACCUUACCUUGUUUCUGCCGUGAAGGAGGAGACGGAGAAAUACUUCAGGAGCCUUGCCAACGAAGAUGAAUUCGACUUGGUUGAUCAGACGGAAAGAAAUGCCAUGUUCAAGAAGAAGGCUGAGUUGGCGUACAACAAUACGUUCCAUAUCACGGGUACCUUUCUGAGUAUAUAUUUUGGGAGUAAUUACGGAGUUGAUGGUUACUGUUGGUCAGACCUUAAAAAGCCUAACCAACAGCAAACCGUCCUCUAUACUCUUGAGCGUAUACUCUACAAUUGGAAUUGUUAUGACGGCCAGCCUGGUAUUCCAACGGGAUCGGGAAGAAUGUUUGACCUGACUGUCAGUAGUCCUGUCGUACCAACUCAUCUGGCAGAGUGUUGA